AUGGGUAGAGUAAAGUGGACAUGGGAUGAAUUUAAAGUGAGGUUUUUCAACUUUUACUUCCUAGUGGCCUUUAAAGCAGAAAAAGAGGCCAAGUUCUAUGAAUUUAAGCAAUGGAAUCUUGAUAAAGAAGCUUUCAUCACCAAGUUCAAUCAAUUGUCGAAGUACUCUACUUAUCUCAUAAGGAAUGAUGACUCAAAAUGGAAGGCUGAGAGGCUACUUACAAGGCCUUGUCUGAGAAUAGCUGCGAGAAGGAGCAGAGAGGCAGAGACUAAGAAGAGAAGGGAUAAUCAGGGCAGAUUCUCACAAUCGCUUGGCUGUACCGGUAGAGUUAGCAAGAGAUCCGAUUUUACCUCAGGUGCUACCCAUUCUUGCAUUUUUGAUGACUGUGUUUUGAGGUUGAAAUUACCUGUGCGUACCUUGCCUUAUGUGAUUAAUGUGUCUACGCCGGUAGAAAUUUCUGUAAGAGCUGACCAUGCUUGUUUGGGUGUUGAUUUGAGAUUUAAGAAUGGAUUAACUUCUAUUAACUUGAUUUGUUUGUCCAUGAUUGGGAUUGAUGUAGUAGUGGGUAUGGACUGGUUGUCAACAAAUAAUGCAACAUUAGAUUGUGUAAGAAAGAUAACAUCCUUGCCAAUGUACACUACACCUAUAGUGAAAUCUAGUCAAUUAAGAUUCUUGUCUAUAAUGCAAGCAGAAAAGUGCAUUCAACAGGGUUGUCAGGCAUAUAUGGUGUUCUUUUCCAUUCAUGCUGCUUAUGAUGGACGAAUUGAGAGAAUUGGAGUGGUAAAUGAAUUUCCCAAAGUACUUUCGGAAGAAGUGUCUGGAUUACUGCCUGAGCGAGAAGUGGAAUUUUCUAUUAACCUUGUACCUAGAAUAAAACCCAUAUCGAAAGCUCCUUAUCGGAUGUCUCCAUCAGAGUUAACAGAGCUAAAGAAACAAUUAGAGGAAUUACUAGAAAAAAGGUUUAUAAGACCAAGUGUGUUCCCAUGGGGAUUACCGGUGUUAUUUAUGAAGAAAAAGGACGGUAGUAUGAGACUUUGCAUUGACUAUAGACAGUUGAACAAAGUGACAGUCAAGAACAAGUAUCCUUUGCCCAGAUUGAUGAUUUACUAG